UUAACUGAUGCCUAGACCCAAUACUCAUCCAUCAGGGAUCAUUUAGUGAUAAAGCAAUCAAUCCUGCCAUGGUGCAGAGGGGACAAACUAUGCAAGAUACCAUCACCAAAUAUCCUUUCCACCCCAAAGCAUUCUGUGAGUCUUUGUCAAUGAAAGUGCAUUUGUCUAGUCUUAUCUGCUGCAGUAUAUGUGGAAUACAAAGGAAGAAAGUAAAAUAUGCAUUUGAUGUACAUGUGCAGAUGCCAGACAUAUUAUCAACCCAAGGAGGACUGCCUUUUUUUCAGAAACUGAACACGGCACCUGAUAACCAACCCCUGCACCACCACCUCAGAUUCAAAGCUCUCAAACUGACCGUCGCCCUGGCUUUCAAACUCUGGGUAACUUCUCUUAGAAGUUUCAACAGAAAUGGAUCUUGUGAAGGAAAGAGAAAGAAGAGUGAGAUGUGGAUCCUUUGCCUUUCAUAUACGAGACAGCACGGAGAAGACCCUUGCAGUGUUUGUAGGAAGAGGAGACCAAGGAGUCCUGAUGCAGUGACAAAUAAAAUCAUAGGUAUAAUUGUCUGUUCAACACUUAUAAUAUGUGACACUAUAGUGUCCAAAUCAGAAGCAGAUGAACUCCACUUAGCCAUGUUUACUAUCAGCCAUAUCACUGAACAUAUUUUUAAAAUGGCAAUGUUGUAAGAAAAGAGUUGAAGUGAAGGUGGACAAGCUGGGAGAGUCAGCCAUCUCCAGUUAUCUUUUCUUUUUUCUUUUUUUUUUUUUUUUUGCUUCUGUUAAAGCAGGUUAAAGGGGGUAGACUCAAACCCUCAAUUACGAGUUAAUUCAUCUGGUCAGUUUGAAUGGAAAAAGCAAACAGCAAAGACAUCUUAAUUUGGCUAUUUGCUCACCAGUCGCCUUCAGUAUCUGUUGUCUCUACUUGGUGCUGUCCAUUGUGAAUACUCCAUGUCAUACUAUGUUUUAUGUGAAAUCUCUCCCUAGAUGCAAUUUUGACUUGAGAUACAUACAAAUUCUACUAAUUUCAUUUGGAACUGUACAACUUACUUCUUUACUCAGCUUUGAAAAUCUAAAG